AUGUGUCGGCUGUAAAACCCUCUCUAGACGGAAGUUCAGAAAAAGCAGCAUUGCUCAGUAGGAGAAGGUCUGAUAGCUCAGGGCUGCACCUGCUCAGGUGUUAUGUGCACAGACGAGUGAGGCCACAUUCCUUCUUCCGAACACGGAAACGUGUUAGCGUAAAUCAUUGAUUUUUUUCAGGUAGACUGGACAAACAGUGGGAACUACUCUCUCCGGGACAAACCUCUCUUUAUUUACUCAUUUUUUUUUAUUUUUGGAAAUGUUUAUUCGUCUCUGCUGAUUUCUUUCAAUCCUCAGGGGAGAGGUUGUCCCAGGACAGGUGUCUCACCCGGGAAAAACCCACUGGUUUCUCGGGAAAACAUGACCUCUCCGGACCAAGAUGUGGACUAAGCUCAUUUUUGUUGCCCUUUUUCUUCUGCGCUGCGCAGUUUCCUCCUCUCCUCCCAAACCGAUUAAUGUCAGCUUCUCUUCCGUGAACCUGAGGAAUGUUCUGCACUGGUUACCAGGAAACGGCACACCAGAUGGCACACACUUUACUGUGCAAUAUGCCAUCUAUGGAAACCCCUGGGAGGUCACAAAAGGGAAAUGGAAGCACUGGAGAGCAGUGGACCAGUGCACCAAUAUUGUACGGACUUGGUGCGAUCUGAGUGCUGAGACGUGGGAUGAAGAAGAAAGAUACUAUGCCAGAGUUCGCGCAUUGGGAAGAAAAUCAUCUUCAAAAUGGACUAAGACAAACAAACAAUUUGAUCCAAAGUCAGAGACAAUUUUCGGCCCUCCACUGGUUUCUGUGGAAAUAGAGAACAACAGUGCAGUUGUCACUCUAAGUGGGCCGGUGAGGUAUUCGCUAAACAACCACACCCCAGCGCUUAACAUGAAAACAAUCUACCAUCGCAUGUCUUACAACCUCUCCAUCUUCAGCACCCACCGCAAUGAAGUGCUUCAUUUUCCAGUGGAGAACAACCUGUUCAAAUAUCACAUGAUGGACUACAAUACAAAAUAUUGCUUCUCUGCCAAAUCAAGAUUCCUCUCCAUACCACUGAAGUCCAUGUCAUCAGUUUGGCACUGCAUAACCACGCCUCAAGACCCUGUUAUUAUGCAGCUGCAGCGAGUGGUUGUGGGGAUUGUUGUCCCAUCGCUUUGCAUCUGUAUAAUUGUGUUGGUCAGUUACCUUCUCUACAACUACCUGAGUGGGAAGGGACAGACAAGCCCACAUAUAUUGAAACAACCAUCUUUUCACCCAUGUCCAGUUGUGUUCCUUCCUGAUAAUGCCACCCUGCAGCUAACCAGUAUCAUUCCCAAUAAACCACCUCCUGGGAUACAACCCUUCAUUCCAUACCCUUCAUUGCGUCCCCCGAAUCCAUAUACACCUCCGAGGUCAGAUGUACAAGAACCUGAAGAACCCAUUAAUAAUUUGUCAGAUGACUAUGCUGCUGUCAUCUCUAAAAAAGUUAGUGGAGAGGACACAAGACAGAGAGAGUCUGAGGAAGGAGUUGCUUUGAAUAACUUGAAUGAUGAGCACCAGAAAAAUGCAGAUUGUUACGAGAAGAAAGAUGUUAAGAUUAAAGAUGAUAAUUCUUCUAGUGGGUACAAGCCUCAGGCUGAAACAUUUGGGCAAUCACCUACACAGACAGAGGUUAGUGCUUUAUUGCAGAGUUUGCCAUGCUCCCUAGGACGCUCUCUUUCACCAUCACAAACUCGGGCACCAACCCAAUCUAAUCAGAGAUCAUUUAGUGAUAACCAAACUAUAGAUAACAAUAUGGAGUCCUCAGCUUUGUGGUUUACCAAAAACCUACAAACUGGUACAUUUAACGUCCAUCUAAACCUACCAUUGUUGAAGGAAGAAGAAAAGAGGGAAGAGAUAACGGGAGGUGAGCAGAAACAAAAUCAGUGUGAGAAUGUUCCUCUUCUUUCUGAGUAUGCCUCUCAGGUCAUCCCAACCACGCCCACUGUCCACUCACAACGGUCUGACUGCUUGUCAGAUGAAUACGGUGCUCUGAUUCAAGCUAAACCACAAAUGUGUGGUAACUGGAAUCCUGAGAAGGGGCAACAAAUGCUGCCCAUGCCAGGGAUGACCUUUAACGUUAACGAAAGGUUGGGUGGCAUGCAGCCUUCAAACAGAGGCAAAGAGGACAAUAUAGGAGGAACAUUUGAGGGGAUGUAUAUGACAAGGAAUCACCUGAAGUUGGAAAAUGUGCUUCUCAGACAAACAAGUAACGAAGAGGCUUGCGCACAGAUAGAGGAAGAAACAGAUGAUAUUCUUAGCAAAUGGGAUUUGGUCAUCUCAAAUGAUGACUAGAAGAAAUUAAUGACUGCCAGUUUUACAUACAUUUGGAGUAGCGAGAGGGAAAUUUUGCAACUGCAACUACAACCAAGAAUUAGAGUAGUUUUCUUUAUUUCUAAUCUACCAUAGUGCACUGUAAGGAAAUAACCAUUUUAAUUGAUUCCAACAAAUCAUAUCUGCCAGGAAGGGACAGACAAGCCCACCUAUAUUGGUAAUUUGAAUACAUAUUCAUGCGCACAAAGGCAUUUACACAAUUAACUUGCUUGUACAAUUUUGUACAAAAAUUUUGGUUUUAAUAAGUGUCGGUAGGAAACAACUUGACAAGUUGUCAGUUGGAGACAAGAAACAAAAGCAGUUGCUCCUGCUUUUGUUUCUAUUAAUUGGAAAAAUAACAAGCACUCUGAAACAAAUCAAAUCUCUCACAAGCUCUGUCAUUUUACGGAAAGCUGACAUUAUGUAGGAGUAGUGUCAAAUAUGUGGUACUUUAUUGUGUCAUUUUUGUGUACAGCAACAUCUCGAAGGAUUUUCCCAGAUAAUUUUACGGUUGUUUUACUAGCUACACCAGCUGAUUUUAUAUAACUGUGUACAUCUUUAUGCCGUUUACAAGUUUCAGUAACAGAAAUAGUUGGACAUCAUUUUUGUUUAGUUGGAGAGUUAAAUCAUUUGAUUCCAGUUAAAGCACUUGAAACUUCAUAUGUUAUUACUGAAUAUCCUUUUUUUUAAUCUAUUGUUGGUAAAUUUAGUGGAAUAUCUAUGAAAUUAAUUCCUUAUUGGUUUUAAAUAUUUUCUGAUGAUCAGAGGAAAACAUGAGCUACUUUGUGCGUGUUAAUUAUUUCUACAGGAAUAUAUAGCACUUUAUUACUAAAUAUAUCUUAUGUUUACUCAUGAAGUACUGUGUGGCACUAUGUGUUAACUUUUCUUUCCUCACUAUAUAAUGUUUUACUUUCUUUUCUUACAAAGCCGAUAGGUUAUUUUUAUCAGCAUUAAUUGUGCUGCUAUCUUGAUUUUCUGGUUUAGGCCAAAACUUGUCUGGUUUAUUUAGAAGUAAGAUGUUCGUGUGAAGGUUUGUUUUCUCUGUGUCAUUGCAAGUUGCCAGACUUCUUUACUUGACACAGAUACUUCCUCAUUCCAUCACCAUAAGUAGGCCCAACUAAAGUAGUAUGAUUACAUACAACACUGUAAAUACUUUCAUCCAUCCAUCCAUCCAUUUUCUAACACCCUUGUCCCUAGUGGGGUGCCGGUGCCAAUCUCCAGCUAUUGUUCCAGGCGUAAAUACUUUCAGUUUUCCUUUUUUGAGCUGUAAUAGAAAAGAUAACUUAAAAGUAGUUUGUUUUUUUUUUACUCAAAUAGAAAUGAAGGAAAUCUUUAUUUAAUUGUAUUAUUGUUUCUGAUUCUGUGCCUUGUUUAAUGAAGCUUUUAAAAUCUUUAUACACUGCAUUUUUUUUUUGGUCCUACCCUGAGAAUAGGAUAUCAGGGAGGAUCCAAGUGCUCUGCCAUAAUUUUUAACUCUUAUGUCAGUUCUGAUUCCCAGUUGGUUCAUUUAGUUUCUGUUUUCUGUAUUUGCAGAGUUAAAGAUGACAAAUUACAGGCUUUGCAUGCAAACUCUGGGAAUUAAAUGAGGUCAUGGUUUUACACUGAUAUGAAUUUUUACAUUGAUGUGUAUUUGUAUUGAGAGAAAUGACAGAAUAAAAAAUAAAUAAACUGAAUGUAUUAUAUA